UGCAUUCCUCUGGGCUGCUCCCUUUAUAAGUCACUGCUGGCGGGGCGCCCACUCGACGCUCCACAGCCUCCGCAUCGGCAGCGCUGCCUGCUGCCCCGCCAUGCCCUAGCCCGGGCCCCCGGCCCCUUUCGCCCACCGGGGGAAGCGCAGCAGCCCGGGGGAGGGCCGGCGGCGAUGGCACCCCCGUUCCACGCCCGCCUCUGAGGGCGGCUGCUGCCGUGAUGUUCAGCUGGCACCGGAGCUUCACCCUCGGAGCGCCGUGGAGGAGAGCAGGUAAGAAAAGCCCACCUGCUGAAGACAAAGUUGUGUUAACACAUAUGAAGAUAUUGAGCAAUGAAGGAAUUCAAAACCCAGGGUUAAUCACAGAGGCUGCAGCUGACACAGCCUGCACAGAAGAGUCCCAUCUCCCUGAUGCCAGCCUCCCACUGAACUGCCAGGGAAAUCCAAAUGCAGCAGCCGAACCAGCAGAUCCAGACUAUGCAGAUGCCCCAGCAAGCACAGACUAUGUAGCCACGCUGCCUGACCUCAGUGCCUUCCAGUCCAAGUGCCGACUUCACAGAUUCUCCAAAUUCGAAUCUGAGGACUCAGGGGUUGAAUUGCCAAGUGGGGCUAAUUCUCCAUCAACACCAACCGGUUCAGAGAAGAGCUUUGUGCUUCACAGCAGAGACUCAUUUUGUGACUCGGGUGUGCUUAGCACCUCAUCUUCUCCAGAAAUUGACCAUUUGGUAAUGAGAACAUGUAAAGAGGAUGCCAGAAAAGUCAGCCACCAAGACCCAGACAGUGAAAAGCAAACUGAGUACUACAGCCAGGAGGCAGAUGCUGUGCAGGGUCCUACAGCUUCCGUCGAAGACUUAUGUGUCCCUCAGGAAGAAAAUCCAGAUGAACAUUUUGACCAGAGCGAAAGUCAGUCUCUGGAAGAGGAACUCACCCCAGAGACAGACCCUCCCAGGGAAAGCAUUCUUCACACCUCAGAUCCCAUAGAAAAGCCAAAGACAACUGCUGACAAUUUCCCAGAGAACUUUGGCAGCAUGCAAGACCUCCAGAUCCAUGGCCAUCAGCUAAAGAAGUACCCCACAAGCGACAGUCUAGAUGAAUACAUGGAUAAAUGCUGUAGACUGAGUGAGGUGAACCAAGGUAACAGCAAAGCCCUAGGCUCUGGUCUGGGAUACCUGGAACACAUUUGUCAACUGAUUGAGAAGAUUGGGCAGCUGCAGGAGCACAACAUGCGUCUCCAAAAGCAAGUUUGCAGCUUGCAGAAAGAGCAGAAGAUCAGCCAGAUAAAAGAGGAGUACAUUCUUCAGCAUUGCUCCUGUGGAGCUGCCAGUGUCCUCAACUCACACCAAGACAUGAAGACAUCUUUUGCUGGGAGGAGCAGACCUCACAGCCUUUUAGUUCAGACUGGAAACCCAUCCGAUCUUUCCAUCAUCCCAGAAAUAGGAGCAAACACUGAAAAGCUGAGCAGCUGCAAUGGAAGUGAGAGAUACCCAGAAUCAGGAAACAGCCAACCAAUGGUGGGACUCAGGAAGUUGUCAAACAAUAGGAACAAGGAGAAUGAGUACAGAGAAGCUGGUAAUAUGACUGAGGUACAGGCUUUUCCAUCAAAGGACCCUGCAGUAAGAAAGGGUCUGGACGUCAGCAAAAACAUCUCGGGUGAGAGCCAUGCUUGGGGGAGAAUGAAAGAUCUUAUGAGGAAGACACGUCUGAGAAACCAGAACAAGCUGGGUCUGUCCUCUGCCGCUCUGAAGAGGUCCUGUCCACAGCUGUACAGGCCAGAUAUUAUGUCUUCAGAGCUAAGGAAAACUGAGAGGAACUCCAUGAUCGUUCUGGGACAAAAUACAAAGAAUGAAAACAUAUGGCCUUUCUGAUAACCUGAGUAGAACAAGAAAGGCAAAAUGGAACACCAGUGGACACAAACCCAAGAACCCCAAGGUUACUUUGCGCAACCUGCAUCCUGCAGUUGUCAACAGAGCAACUCCACUUUGAGUAUUGGAAGGGAAGGAGAGAAGGGGGAGGUAGAGAAGGAUGUGUGGACUUUUCUAUGCUCAGCUAUGCACAGUUUUGCUCCCGAAUCUGAAAUACAGUCACAGAAGUCAAGCCACAGAUGAAAAUUGUUGUUAGUGUCUGGACAAUGUAAACGAUAGAGAUAUGGAAACUCUUCCUCCUCCUCUCUGGGUUAGAAACACCAUUACUGAAACAUUGAAGCUUUUAAAUUGUCAUAGCUUUCUGGGGACCUUCUCCAACUGAAAUACAUUUAAACUUUAUGGGACACAGCAGCAUCUAGAAGGGUGCCAGGGACUCAUUGCCCAGUGCAGAAGUGGCUGUUGGAAGGACGGUGUCCUCUUGGGGUGGGCUGAGUGGCAGUCUCUGUGUGUCCCCAACAUAGCUCCUCCAUUCAGAACGGCAUCUGACCAACUGUGCCAUUUUACUGGACUCUUAACAGGAAAACCAUGUCUGUAAAGCCAAGACUUCCUACAAGGCCAUUACUGAAUCCACCACUAGCUUCUAAUCCUGCAAGCCUGCUCCUUCUGCAGAGGCCUCUCGAAUCUAGUGCUGCCCUACAGACAUCAUGCACGUUCAUUGCAGAGAUCAGAGUGAGGAGCACUGUGGGAAGUAGCCUUUAAAGAGACCAGAGGGUUCAUCUGAGGAAACACCUCAAUUUCACCAGGCAGCCCAGCUCUUAUGCUUUUUUGGGGAGGGAACCAGGCUUGAAUUCCUACUUCUAAGUUACAAGUUAAGUCCUCUGGCUGUGCAGGUAGGAUAGUAAUUUUGCCAAAUAGGUCAGCCUAUGCUCUCACUGCUGGGAAAAGGCAAGAGGGAGCACAGAUCUGCAAGGAAGAGUUAGUAAAACAUAUAUCCUUUACAAGCUGCUGGUCUUUAGGGCCCUGUUAACAAUCAUGUAACAGUUGUAACAGUGGCCAUGAUUGGUGGCUGACCUACUGCCCCAUGUCCACUGAUUCCAGACUCAAGAGACAGGCAGCCCAUGCUUCUGAAGGUCCCAUGGUUGCAGUGGUCUCUGCAGACCAGCUCUUACUGGUAUUAGCACAAUAAUUAAGGUACAUAGAGGAAAGAUUUAAACAAAUAAACUUUGCCUCUUGUUAGUAGAUCAUUCUACCCUCUAAAUUACAAUGCAAGUGGAAGUCAAGCAGUUGCUCUUUCAAAAUCCUUCCAUAACCCAAACAUGCCUGGGAACCAAGAUUUGAGAAGCUGUCAGGAAUGGAUCAACUUUAGCAGGCUUGGCCUUUCAGUAACAGAUGUUUCCCCCUUGCCCACUAGGAUCAGGUGGAGGCCUAGGAGUCUGCUAAACCAGAGCAGGAUCUCUUCUGAGAAUCAAAGCUCCCCAGUCACACUCUUCCAGGCAUCUGUGGUUUGCAGGAGUAAAGGCAGCAGCCCAGUCCUGGUUCUUCACAUAUCAGAAGGGUUGUUACUUAGCAUGUCCAAAACCACCACCAACAAAACAAACAAAAAAAACCUACCAACCAACACCCUUCCCCCCCAAAAAAACCCCAAAACAAAGAACAACUGAACCACCAAACCCAAAACCACCCACCCAAUAAAAACCCCAAAAGCUCUGUGCUGACUCAAAGUUAGCACCCUAAAGUAGGUGCUAUGUUUAAUAUUUCAGUUGUAGCUGCUGCAGGACUUGGUUAUUCACUGUAUAUCUUGCUAGCUUCAUCCAAAGCUAGAAAGAUUUAUAACUUGAUUAUUCUGUGAAUAGUCUGUAUAUCUCCAUAAAUACAGGGGACUAAAAUCCUGCAUUAACUUACACCCUCCAUUAUCCCUCCAGCUUUACAGAGUCUGUAAGGAAUGUGAAUCAGUGUAAACUGAAUUUGAAGUGUUUUAAGAUGUAGCAUCGUGAACUGCUAUUUCCAACCACCACCAUUCACAUUAUAAGUUUGUGGGUUUUUUUUACUAAAAUGAACUAGCACUCUUUUUUAUUAUAGUAUUAUAUGAAAUAUAUUCAUGUAUUUUCAGAAAUAUAUUUAUAAAAUGUAACAUACUGUAUAGUUCUCCAUUACAGAAUGCAUUGUAAUACAAGCAUAAGAAAUUUAAUAAAAGCAUCACUACAAUA